AUGGUUUUAGUACAUAAUGGUCUAGAUCAGCGUGAUGAGAAGAAGAAGCGCGAGCGGCGGGACAAAGCGCCGCCCAUCGGGCUCGCAUCGGCUGCGCGGCGGGGCGGGAUUAUCGGCGAAGGGGCGCGAGCGACGCGCCAGCGACGCGCCUUCGCCAUGUUUUCGCAAUUACGCCGCUCGUUCGGCGGCUGUUAGCGCCGUUAUCUCUUCGCGUGGCCGUAAUGAGCGCUGUCACCUGCCCGCGCGCUCUCGCUACGCCGCCCCGCGAUAAUAAAAUUCUGAUAUUCUGAGUGCCGCGUUGAUGAAGCUGCUAAUCCUCGCCUGCGCCCUCGCCGGCGGCCCCGGCGGCGCGUCUCUGCUGGAUCCUCUGCGCCCACAGCGCCCCCUGGUUCGGCCCUUCGGCGACUGGUGGCGCCGCCGCUAUCGAGGUGGCGGUUGGCGAAAUAUUCAUUUUCAAUGAACGUUAUUUUGUAGCCUUGACAUACACCGUGAUGUUAUCUCAUUUGUUUUCUAUCUUUCCUUUCUAGGGCUCA